AUGGGAAAACAUAAAAUUAGAAGCAGAUCAAGGUCAUAUGAAAAAAAGAAACAUAAAAAUGAGAAGUAUAAAUAAAAAGAUGCAGAAGCAGAUUCUAAGGAUUGAGAAAAGAUAAAAUAGAUUAAGGAUAAAAGUCUGUAUAAACAGGAUUAGAUGUUUUAGAAAUUAUUAAAAAAGAGAGGAAAGAAGAUGAAGAAAAAUUAGAAUAAUGGAAAAAAAAAGUAGGAUAUACAGGAUUAAAAGUUAAAGCUCCAUUAAAUAUUUAUGAAGAAGUAUGAAAAAUCUUUAUAUAAUAUUAGAUAAUGAAAAAGAAUAUAGUAGCUCCAGUGAAACCAGUAAAUCCUUCUUUAUUAAAUAACCCUCAGGCGCCUAGAAUGAUUGAAAUUUUGGUUAAUGAUAGAUUAGGUAAAAAGAGAGAAUAAAGUGUUGUCCUCAAGAUAAAAUAGGAGAUCUUAAAAAAUUGA